CAAAUUGGGGGAAAAUAAUAUUUCCCAUGUAGGGAACAGAGCCUGCGAGAAAAGCCUUGUGGUUUCAGGCUUUUCGGGGUGGGAGAGUGGGAAAGGUGGGACCCGGUGCCCAAGUAGACUACACGUAGCUAGCUAUGUGUAUGGGAAACAUUUCAUCACAGGUGGGAGGGGCAGCGACGUUCUGGUUAAUACAGACAUCAUGAUGCACCUCCUCCACAAAAACAGUGUGAUGUUUUUAGCAAUAACCACUUCUCUAAAUGAGUGAUAUAGGCAUCUGAAAUGUUAUUCAGACCUCAUAUCCUACCACUGCAUUUACCUUUCUGUACAAAAACCUCAUGCUGGAAGUAUUGUCAAUAUUAAAAUCUAUUGUAUGCCCACAAUAUUAUAGGAGAGCUGCAGCUGGCAGGGUGAUAUUUGGUGUAGCUACUCUAGCCUGGUUCUAUAUCUGUCGGUGUUGUCUUGCCAACCCCUACACUCUUAGAAAAAAGGGUUCCAAAAGGGUUCUUCAGCUGUCCACAUUGCAGAAUCCUACAUAGAACCCAAAAUGGUUCUAAUAAGUUUUCUUCAAAGGGUUCUCCUACGAGGACAGUCGAAAAACCCUUUAAGGUUCUAGAUAGAACCUUUUUAUCUAAGAGUGUGUGAUGACUUCAUGAUCACAGGUGUUGGCAAGACAGCACAAACAGAUCUGGGACCAGGCUAGAGCUGCUCUGGGUUAGGGUUUUCUCCAAGGCAUCCAUGAGUCAACACCACUGACUACAUAGAGUAUCUAACCCUAGCGGGUCAUCAUGGCAGCGCUCUGCUGGCUCUAUUACAAUAUUGGGUCUGACUCACGAUGUGGUCACCAUAACAUCACUCAAAACAGUGCAGGAGUUGUCCAAGAGAGAAAACAGUCAGGAGGAGUUGGUGUAUUGUCCUAAAGGGGGCUAUUUGUCAGGCCUGUUGUGACACACUGUUCAGCUGCCUGCCUAUACAGACAUCACUUAAAAACGUUAUCUUGUUUUUCCACUUUCUUUUGUCAUGUAAUGGUCACAACUCGUGGUUUCUUGCUAAUUUCGUUUUUUAUUUCUUAUUUUUCUGUGCUAAAAAAUUACCAAUUACUUUUUGCACCAUGGUCUAUAAAUUGCACUUAAAUACCACCUUCUCAUUGUACACCUACAAACACUACUUUGGAGCACACUGACUGCAAACUAAAUAUCCCUUAGUUAAUCACCUCAACAAGUUUUAAGUGGUAUUCCUUGGUGCGGGGGGGGGUAUUUACGGUUCCAAACUGUGAGCUGGAGGAAAGUGAGCAAGGGGUCGUGUUGCUGGUCGGCUGAGGAGCAGUAAAAAUAACCUUGGCUUGUGGUGUCCCAGUUUAUGAGUGGGCACCGGGUCUUCUGCAGGUCACCAUUGUUGGUGCAGCUGAGCUAGUGCCAGAGCCAGCAGGGUCUGCCGGUGGUUCGAUGUGUCAGAGGUUGUUUGUAAAGCAAGCCAAACAGACCUUUUGAUGGCACACACCAGAGAAUCUGGAAGCCAUUUGCUUUUCCGCACUCUGUGUGAGCAUCCCAAACAGCACCCUAUUCCCUUUAUAGUGCACUACUUUUUUUUAUCAGGGUCCAUCAAAAGUAGUGCACUAUAUAGGGAAUAGGGUGCUGUUUUGGGCCGCAACCAGAGAAAGUGGAGGGCUUGAUCACCUCCAGCAUCUGCUGCCUGUUUAUUUACCCAGCUCACUUAACCCUUUAAACAAACUAACCAGGGCUCACCGUUGUGCCACUCUUAGAUUGGCCUCUGAGGACAGAAUCUGUCAAAGGGGCUUUAGACUAAUACCUAUAGAGAGACAUAACAUAUACCUUGUUAUAAGACAUUGUAAUGUUGUGAAGUUAUACAUAACUUAUAAAGCAUCAUACUUGGAUGCUUUAAGUAAAGUGUUAUUUUUAAGAGGAGAUGGAGUUUAGAACCCCCUUGUCAAUGAUCCUAGGCCUACUUUAGUUUGAUUACAUGAUAUUAAACUGUAAUAUGUAUACUUGGGCCUACAUAAUAAACAAUCUGUUGUGGUUUAAGAUUGCUAGCAGUUUUGGUAAGUGCACUUACCUUUCUAUAUCUUAUGUAGGUCCUUGUUGACCAAAACCUAACAUUUUUAUAUAAAGGAUUUGAUUUGAGUGCCACACCUCGCAUUCGUUCUGCAUAAUCACACUCAUUACAUAUUUUGAAUAUCCAAAAAUGGUAGUAGGCCAAUUUAAAUUAGUGCAAUGUUGGACAAAAGGUUUUUCUCAUAAUAAUAGCUUCUUCUUUUUUUAUUGUGGUGCAUAAUUAAAUGGCAAAAGCAGCCUCCAGUGUCAAACCGUGUUUAAGGGGAAUUCAAUAAAUAAUUUAAACUCCACCAUAUCAUGUAAAUUAUGCUUAAUUUUCUGAAAAUGAUACUGACCUAUUAAAAUUAUAAAAGUUGUUUAUAGUCUAUAAUAUAAUUUCGGAGGGAAAUAGUUUCUUUUGGACAGAUUGGUUUGCCUGAACAACCCCUCCCCUUCUGCUGAAGAGCUACAGUAGGCUGGCUAUAAGAGCUCACUCAAGCACGUUUACACACACUCACUGUUGACCAUCCGGGCCACACCAUCCUACGGGGAUAUGUCAAAACAUUUUUUUCUUAUUCGAGGGGGAAUUCUUAUGCACGUUCUGGUCUCCACGGCUGUCCAUGCCCACAAAUUAAACUGUUGGCUUCUCUAGGGAAUAGUUUCAUUAUACUUUAGUUUAUCAUGGCCUUUACCAUGCUUCGGCCGGUGGCAACUUACCCCUUCUCCUCAUAUCCUCCUGACUUCAACAUGAUGUCGGACGACGAGGGAAACCGCAGCGAGAGCGACGCCAGCUCGGACCAGAGCUAUGGAUGCUGUGCCUCUUCAGAGAAGACUUGUCGGCAGAUUUCCCGCGUGGUGGGAGUCGGUGGGGUUGUUGUGGUCAAACAGCGCAACACAGCCAACGCCAGGGAGCGAGACCGGACCCAAAGCGUCAACACCGCCUUCACCGCGCUCCGGACACUCAUACCCACGGAGCCGGUGGACAGAAAGCUCUCCAAAAUUGAAACGCUCCGGUUGGCGUCCAGCUACAUCUCGCACUUGGCCAACAUUCUUGUCCUUGGGGACGGGUGCGAGGAUGGGCAGCCGUGCUUGAGUGCAGUGUAUCGCGUGCAAGGAGAUGGCGAGGGGAAGCAACCCAGAACAAUCUGCACCUUUUGCUUGAGCAACCAGCGGAAAGGGGGGAAAGAUGGUCGGGGUUGUCUGAAAAUGCAUGCAACCCGUGCACUACGAAUGAGCCGAAGAUAGACAACUCUCAAAUUCCAAGGAUGGUUUAGUUCAAGUCCGCACCUCAGGGAAAAACUCCAGCUAUCACACCUACUCCUACACAGACCGACACAUAGGCCAGAAUGCCUUCGAACUGCGGAAAAAGACUAAAAAAUAUGACUGUCAAAAAAAGAAUGUUCCUCUCAUAAUGCUGGUUUGGUGAAAUGUGAUUUUGGAGGAACAAAUGAGACUAUUUGGUUGCCUUUUCAACACCAUUUUGUAUUUUGCGUUGAAAUUAAAUAUAUUUUUACAUA